AUGGCGAGUGGGAUUGAUCCUGACAUAGUAAAAAAUUUGUUCUCCAAUAUCCGACACCCUGCCACAAAAGCUGAUUUCAUUUUCCCUCUAGUUGGGGAUAGCGACAGGCCAGGAGGCACCGAUAUCACCAGCACGGAAGCCCUUCGCGUGGACCACUCACAUUAUCCCCAACAGGGAUCACAGCAUUCAUGCACCCGGGCCCAUACCUCUGAAGAUUGGGCUUCAGCACACACCAUUGCAUGA